ACACUUUUAAUCCUUAUCGCUUGCCGUAGUCGAUGCUAGCGUCAUGGCGCCUGUCAUCUCAAAACUUUUGACAUGACAAACUUUUACAUCAACUUUACUGACAGCUACUUUCGGUUCGCUUCAUAUCACACCUUUAUAAACUGAGUCGGACAAGAGAUCAAAGGAACACAACAGAAAAAACAACACGACAGUCAAGAUGUGAAUAUUUCUGCCUGCUUAGCGUCACUUUGUGCAAAGAUGCUUCGGUCGUAGCUAACGGUUGUUAGCUAGUUAGCCGAACUUAGUUUGGCAUCGUAACGUAAUGUCAUAACGGUUAGUAAUCCCGCUCAUUACUGUGCCUGUUUUUAGCUUCGGUUAAUUAGCCUUUCAUAUCAAAAUGUUUCGUUUCCUACGCUACUGGGUCAGCCACUGUCUCCAUGCAGCGAUGACCCGGCUGGAGGAGGUCAAUGGAGAGGUGAGCAUGUGGUCAUCUGUCCGGUGGCUGGGCUACCUGUCCGGGCUCAACCUGCUGCUCGCGCUGAGUCUGGGGCUCUACGCCCGGUGGGAGAGGACCGCGGACACCACCUUCCUUGUCAUCUUCGUUUUGGCUCUGGUUGUCCUCGGAAUAGCGAGUGUGGUGUACUACUACUUCAACAUGGAGAGGGUGAGCCUCAGUCUCAUCCACCUGUGGUUCGGGUUCCUGCUGGGGCUGCAGUGUUUCCUCAACAGCCCCGGGGUGCAGAGCGACAUGAAGGAGCAGGUGGCCAACUACCUGCUGCUGGCCAGCGUGGGUCUGAGGACGUUGUGGGCGCUGCUGGAGAGGCUCUUCGGAUGCACCAGGUACCGUCCCGCCUUCCUCACCUCGGCAGAGAGGCUGGAGCUGCUGGGCUUUGCCAUCGCCAGCAUGGCGCUGCUCGCCCAGAAGUCCCUGAGUGUGAUGGUGCUGGUGGUCGCGCUGGCCACAGUCAUGAUCGCCCUCCGGAUGAAGGCUCUGCUGGCUCUUCCCAACUUGAUCUGCUUCGCUGUCAUCACCGCCUUGCUGUUCUUCGAGUCUCUGAGCAUCACCAUCAACCCUUUCGCCCUCACCUGCUUCUUCAGCCAGCUGAUCUGCGACCCCCUGCUGGAUGUGUACUUCAGCGGGCUGUCUGUCACCGAGCGAUGGCAGCCUUUCCUGGUGUGGCGGGGUCUGUGGCGCCGGCUGUCCCUGCUGCCUCUGCUGGGGGUGGAGGUGACCUUCAUCAUUCUGGCCGCUCGGAAGAUGAGACACGUGGACCAGUGGUACCUGGUGAUCCCGGGCUUUGUGGUCUGUGUGCUCUUCUGGGCCAUCUGCCACAUGGUGUUUGUCAUCACAGUGUGGGGCUUUCACACCAAGCUCAGUGAAUGCCAGAGGAUGUGCUUGUCCCAGGGGUCAGGGGUCAGCAGCCUGGACAAAGUGAUGGCCUCUAAAGGCAUGAGACAUUUCUGCCUGAUCUCUGAACGCCUGGUGCUCUUAUCUCUGGUGUCGACUGUGGCUGUUGCGGCUUUUUGUUGGCAGGCCUCCAGCAGUGUCUUUGUGAGCGUGUUCCUGCUCGUCCUGCCGCUGGAGUCUCUGUUCCACGGCCUUUUCCACGAGUUGGGGAGCAGCCUGGGAGGAACGUGUGUGGGCUACGCAGUGGUCAUCCCCACCAACUACUGCAGUCCUGACGGCCAGCCCAUGCUGCUGCCUCCGGGCCAGGUUCAGGAGUUGAACCAGCGCUCCACAGGCAUGCUGAACAACGUGCAACGCUUCUUCGUCCACCACCUGAUCGAGACUUUUGGCUGCGACUAUUCCACCAGCGGGGUGAGCCACGACGCUCUGCAGGCCAAGAUCAAAUCCUUCCUGGAGCUGCGCACAGCAGACGGGCCGCGCCACGACACCUACGUCAUCUUCUACAGCGGGCACAGCUACGGCUCCGGGGAUUGGGCGCUGGCAGGAGGGGACACUCUGGGUCUGGCUCAGAUCUUGGAGUGGUGGAAGGAGAAGAACGGCAGCUUCUGCUCGCGCCUCAUCUUAGUGCUCGACUGUGACUUCUCGCUGCCGUGGGUGACGGAGGUCAGGAAGGUGGAGGGUCUGUACGUGGCCGUGCAGGGAGCGACGCUGGCCCGAGUGAGGGACGUGGAGCUGCAGGACCCCCCGCAGCUCGGAGACUUCACCGCCCAGUGGGUGGAGUAUAACUGCAACUCCCACAGCAGCACCCAGUGGUCCGAGAGGGGCCGGCCUGUCUCUGCUGUGUACGGCAUCUCCAAACACUGGAGCGACUACACGCUGCACCUGCCCACAGGAAGUGAUGUCACCAGCCACUGGAGCCUGUACUUCCCCCGGGUCACCUACCCGGUGGUGCAGUUGGCGCUGUGGUGCGGGGGGCUCAACGUGCUGUGGCUCUGCAGCGUCUGCCUGCGAUGUCUCAAGAGAGUCAAACUCAACUGGUUUCCCCCGGCGAUACUGGACACCGGGCAGGGCUUCAAACUGGUCCGAUCGUAGGAAUAUAAACAAAGCUUUUCUACUAUCAGAAUAUAUUUUAAACUGUGUUUUCUAAGAGUGAAUGAGUGUCUUUCCCCAAAAAAGGCAGCUGUUGUUUUGCUAACCAGUAUCCUGUAAGUUACUGAAGAUUAAUUACCCAGUUACUGAUUGGUCAGUGUGAAAUGUGUCUUUUUAAUACCUGAUUUGAUAUACUGCAGUUUUUCUAUUAAUGUGUAUUUAAGCUUUGAGUUAAAGAUCUUAACGUCCCUGUUGAAAAGACAUGUCAAUGUGUGGCACAAUAACUCUGUUUUGCACCUUUUUGCAUCGAAAUGGCUGUCUGACCAGAUUCCACAUAGAUUUUUGUAAAUGAUAUUAACAGUCGUGCCUUUUACAAGAACAUCCAUCUCUAAAAGUGUAUUUAUUGUCGUUUACCAAAGAGGCUGUUGUACAUUUUCCAAUUAUAGAUCCCAGGCAUAAAGCAUUUAAGCAGUCUAGAGAAGUUUCUAGAAUUUAAAUUUUGAUUGUGAAAUGAUUCCUGUGCUAUGCAUUUUACACUCCUAGCUCUGAGUAUAUUCCAUGCACUGCUUUGGGUCUUUUGUAAUGAAUGCUUUUGUUUUAUCAAUACUCGCCAGCUGCUUCAGGGAGUCCAGAAAGAUUUGUGUACUGUACUAUUGAAUGCACUACACACAGAGAUGUGUGCGAACUGCGCUAUUUAUGUCAUAAAACAAAGGAGUUAAAUGCAUCACUUGAUGAGAUCCAUUUUCUUCCUGGAGUUUACCACAGUUCAAUGGCUAUGCAAGAUUAUUCAGGUGAAAGUGAAACUAUGCAAUAAAGAAGAAGUGGGACUUCACUGCUCAAAU